AUUUUGUUCUUAAUUUCUUUCAUUUCUUUUCAUUUUGUUGAAUUAAAUUUUGUUUGACUUUUCACGAUUUCUAUAAGUCGGGCGAAAAAGAAAUUGUCUUGAAAAAAAAGCAAAAAUACGGGAGCAUUUUUAGUUGCAAAUUUGUGGUCAUUGGUGGCGGCGGUAACGACGAUUAUUUAAAAGCAUUAAACGCGAAUAGUGUGUUUCACUACUUUUAGUUUUGUUUGUUUUUUUGUUACGUUUGUGACGCGCGUUGGGUUUAUAAAUUUUCGUUAAAUUUUUUUUAUAUAUUUUUUAAAAUUUUCGCUCUCGUUAAUUUAAGACGACGACGACGUUUACGCGUAGCUGAAGACGACGACUAAUUUAUAAAUAAAAAUAAUUAUUCAUAUAAAUUUAAAUAGAAAUAAAUUUAAAUUAGAAAAAAAUCCACAACAAAUAUUUAAAUAUUAAAAAUAAUAAAACAACAAAAACCAAUAAUUACAAACCUGUAAUAUAAAACAAAAACAAAAAAAAUAUAAUCAAUCAAUCAUAUAAAUUAUUCAAAAAAAGAUCAAAAAGAGAGAAACCCAAGAAGAAGAAGAAUAAUUUAUUUGAAUUCCUCAAACAACAACAACAACUUAAUAAUUUCCAAAAAAAUAUACACAGCCAGAGAUAAAAAGAGAGAACAAAGAAACAAAAUAAAAAUAACUUUGAUUUUAUAAAAAUUAAAAAAAAAAUUUAUUAAAGGCUUUUUAAAAAAAAAUCUAAAAUCUAAACCACGUUUACUACCACAACAACAACAACAUCAACAAGAAGGAAAUACACCCCUGGUUAACUCCUUAAAAACGACAAAAACCACUAUUGGAACCUUAACUACAACAACAACAACAAUUUUCCAUCAACAUCAUCAUCUAAAUAAAUUAAUUAUAUAAAAAAAUUCUUAAUAUUUUAAACAUAAGCUUAAAAGUACAAACCACGGAUCAAUACCAAAGAUGGAGGCAAAAUUCUUGGCAGGCAUAUUUUCAUUCCUCUCGAUAUUUUUAGCGAUUUAUGCUCAAUCAACCGGGGCAGAUUUUUUGGUGCCAAACUAUGAUAAUGUAGAACAUCAGCUAAAAGCCUUUGAAAUUCGAACUCCAUUAGUACUAAGCUGUAAUGUCACAGAUUCCAGUGUAACUGAUAUAACAUGGGAAAAGAACGGUACAGAUGUGAGAAAAGUUAAAGAACUUGAAGGUCGCUAUCGCAUAAUAGCCGCCGAAAGAAAGUUUAUUAUCGAUAGAACAGACAUAAAUGAUGAUGGCGUCUAUUCGUGUGUGGCCAAUAAUCAAAAGAAAGAUAUUAAUGUUUAUGCUAAAAUUGCUGUAAGAGUGCCUUCAAAUAUGGGCGUUGUUGAGGGUGAAAAAUUGACAAUUAUCUGUACAGUGGUUGGUACUGAUCCAAAAUUGUCAUGGACUUUCCGUAACUUAACCAUCAACAGUACCUCACAACAUUAUUCUUUAAAAGCCGAUGAAAAUCAUGUAGAAAAUGCUAUCUUAAUUAUUGAAAAUGUUUCAAUGGAUGAUAGAGGCGAAUACAAAUGUAUUGGUCGUAAUGCUGCCACCGAUUAUCUUAAAAUAGCUGAAGCUAGUGAUGCAUCGUAUGUACGUGUAAAAGGCAAAUUUGCCGCUUUGUGGCCUUUCUUGGGUAUCUGUGCUGAGGUUUUGAUACUGUGUACCAUUAUUUUGAUUUACGAGAAGAGACGUAACAAGGGUGAAUUGGACGAAAGUGACAUAGAUAACCAGGAGUAAGUUUCUAAAACACACACACACACAAAACUACCUAAACACGCUCUUCUUCUUCCCUUAAAAAACUUCACUUACAAAACCCCCCUCUACAACACUUAAACGUACAGCUUAAGAUUCACAAUUGUACAACUUGUGUUUUUUUUCAAAUCUUUUUUGUUUAUUUUUUUUUUUAAGUAUUGUGUAAAAACAAACAAAUUAGUAAAAACAAAAUCAAUCAUCACUU